AUGACGAACGCCCAACGGACCACCUCAUCCCCUCUCGACAUCACAGUCGUCGGCGCUGGUAUCAGCGGCCUCUGCACUGCCAUAUCAUGCGCGUUAGCAGGCCAUCGAGUCCUCGUUCUCGAAGGAGCGAGGGAACUGGCCGAGAUUGGUGCGGGCUUUCAAAUUACACCGAAUGGAUCGAGAGUCUUCAAGCAAUUCGGCAUUCUUGAUAAGCUCGAACCGCAGGCUGCAGAACCAAGAUCCUUGAUCGUAAGAAGAUGGCAAGACGGUAAGGUUCUAUCGAACACGGAAAAUUUCGGGCAUGAGAUGAGAAGGAAGUAUGGAGCGCCGUUCUGGGAUUUGCAUCGCGUAGAUGUACAGAGGACGCUUGCCGAGCGUGCCAAAGAGUUGGGUGUUCAGAUCAGGCUCGGGGCGAGAGUGGAAGAUGUGGAUUUUGAAAAUGCCAAAAUUGUGCUGAAGAAUGGGGAAGUGCUGCAAGCAGACCUGCUUGUGGGAGCAGAUGGACUGUGGUCGAUAUGCAGGCAAAAGUUCCUGGCCAUGCAAGGGAAGAAAGAAGACGCCCCGCUUCCCACAGGGGAUCUUGCGUACAGGAUCGUACUGAAUCUUGACGACGUGGAAGAUCCCCAGAUUCGGGACAUUAUCUCGAAUCCAUCAGCUCAGUUCUGGAUUGGGCCGGAAGCCCACGUCGUCGCGUACUCCAUACGCAAUGGCACAAUGUUCAACAUCGUUCUGCUUGUCCCAGAUAAUCUGCCGUCUGAUGUCGCGAGGCAAGAGGGCUCCACGGAUGAGAUGCGAGCCAUAUUCAAGGACUGGGAUCCUAUUCUCAAUCGUUUCCUGGACCAUGUGACAUCCAUCGACAAGUGGAAGUUGAUGCAUCGACCAGAGCUCGACAGCUGGAUCAGCCCCAAAUCCAACUUUGUGUUCGUCGGAGAUGCCUGCCACCCAAUGUUGCCCUACCUUGCUCAAGGCGCAAACUCCAGUGUGGAAGAUGGCGCUGUCCUGGGGAGUAUCCUGGGCGCGCUGGAGUCUAAGGAUCAGCUGCCUGCCGCUCUCAAGCUCUACGAGCAAUUGCGUAAGAAGAGAGGCGAGACUAUUGUGAGAGAAACUUUCGCUCAAAGGAAUGACUUCCACAUGCCAGAUGGACCGGAACAGCAGAAGCGGGACAAGCUGAUGCUGUCUCAGCUGGGCAAGGACAUCGAAGUCAAGUUCCCAAGUCGAUGGCAAUGUCCGGAAGUGCAGCCUUGGUUGUACGGAUACAAUGCUCUCGAGGAGACCAACGCUGCUCUGAAAAUUCGUCCGCUGAGUGCUUCGUAAGGUAUCCAGAAGGCCUAUCGUUCCAUCGGUACAUCUCCUGCUGUUCUAUGGCAAGUGGCCAAAUCCUUGACAUCAUAUUUUUGACCUUCAGCAAAUCGUGUGCAGGGCGGAGCUCGUCUCUGUGGUGCUGCUCGUGGCGUUAUAGAAGUUCGCCUCUCCGUUUGCUGCAUAUCUCAUGCACAUUUCCCGGCCUCUUCACUUUCGGGCUUGAAUCUUGGCAUGGUCCCACAACAACCUUUAAUAGCCACAGCACACCGUCUUGUUCACAUCAACCUCAAUCACGAGGACGCGAUCAUUCACAUUGUCGCCAGUACGAGCACCACGGGCCCUUACCGAGAGCGCCUUGUGAGUCUCGUUGCGACCAUCGCCAGCUCCGUCUUCGACUACAGACAUCACUUCGAACAC